UAUCAAUGUAAUAAACCAAGAAGUUUACUAUUCGUAGGUCUACAGUGAUGUAAAAGCAAAAGAUAGAAACAAGUAAAAUAUAUAUUUCAUUGCAGUUCCACAAAAACCUGUGUGUAAGAUUCCCCAACAGUCCCCAGUCUAGCAAACUUAAUUAGAAAAUACUUCAAAUUUACUUACGUAUUGAGAUAAAUUAAUCUAUAUUUAGUAAGGAUGAAUAAAAAAAACUCUUGAAUGAAAAUGAACAACUGAGAUAACAAUUGAAGGAUAAGUGUUAAGAAUAUGAUAAAAAAAUUUCAAAUAUGAGUGAAGUAUUAUAAUUCUUAUUCUUCUCCUAGCUUAAUAAAUAACUAGAAAGAGAACUGAAGAAAAGAGAAGAAGAAAUUGAUUAUUUUAUUUCGAAGAUUGAUAAUAAGGAUAAGGAAAUAAAACACCAAAAAGACCUUAUUCUUAAAUUGAAAGGCAAGAAGAAAGAUUACAAAAAGAAAUGUUAGGAAAUAUAAUCAUAGCAUCAACAACAUUAACAUGAUCCAUUUCAAUAAUUAUUGGAAAUGAGAGCACUUCUUCUUUAGCUAAGAAUGACAGCCCAAGUGCUGCCACUUUUAUAACAAUAAUAGAGACUACGACAGUAUUAAACUCAAGCCAUUGAUGUAGACAAUAUGAGUUAUGAAUAACUGCUAUAAUUGGAAGAUUAGAUGGGGUAUUCUUAAAUUUAUUAUUAUUAGAAAUGUGUCAAAUGGCAUUGCAAGGGAAGAUAUCAGAAGAAUUCGUAAAAGAGUUAUUCAACAAAGUGACAAUAUCUAAGGAGUCUGCCCGGUUUGUCAAUGCAAUAUGGAAAUAGGUGAGAGAUAUCGAAAACUGGGGUGCAAUCAUUAUUACCACUCUAAAUGCAUCAAAAGUUGGUUAUUGCAGCAUAAUAACUGCCCUGUUUGCAAACAGACUGUCGUAAUUGCUAUUUGAUUAUUUAAAAAUGGCUG